AUGCAGCUUAUUCUGCACUCAGGUCUUUUAGUGCGCAAUCUUCUUCCUCUCGACCUUACUACUCGUGUGUGGAUUAUGACGCCAGAUUUGGCUGACUCUUCUCUUUCUCAGGCACCAGACUCUCCUUGUGUCAUUCCGUCUGAUCCUUCCUGUGUCAAAAUGGAAUCCCUAUCAUUGCUUGAUUCCAAUUCCUCAUUUCUAUCUCAUUCUAAUUCUUAUACUUCCACGUCUCCUGCUAGAAUUAAUUUUGUUUCAUCUCAUUUGUCAAAGCGGCUGUUUAUCUGCCCGCCUACUCGUCUUCAAAUUGCACCAAGUUGCACUCCAAUUGGCUUAAGAUUGGCUCAUCCAGAAGCAACUUUUGAAAACUCGGUGCUUUCACCACCAUGGCCACAACCAUCACAUUCAGCACCACCAACUGAAUUAUCUAUACAUCCUGCAAAUACACAAAUUCCUCAGCAAAUGGACCACUUAACUGACGAAAUUCUCAGUGUAAUGUUUCGUGUGGUUGCUCCCUUGAAGUCAUCAGAACUGGUG